AUGGGGAACGAGGCUGAAGCAAUGAGGGCGCCUGUCGAUCCUGAGCGUCAGGAUUUGCCCAACCAUCCACCAGGGUCAAAAGGCCAUGAGCAAGAUCCCAAUGCGCCGCCACCUGCGUUUCCGACAGGCUCGGGCGGCAUCAUCGAGAAGGAAGAAGGCGAAUUGAUCAACUUCAAGACGUUACACUGGCUGCAAGGAGGCAUCGUACUCGUCGCAGAGACAGUCUCUCUAGGAAUUCUAUCGCUUCCGUCCGUCCUUGCAACUGUCGGACUGGUUCCCGGAGUCAUUCUCAUCUGCGUAAUCAGCGCUCUUGCGACCUACUCUGGUCUUCUUCUUGCCGACUUCCGGAAACAAUACCCCUUCGUCCAGCACUUCGGCGAUGCGGUCGAGCUAAUUGGUAGGCCCAUUGGUAUGGGUGGCAUCUUCCGAGAGGUCUUCGGAUGGGCCCAGACUAUUCUGCAAGUUUUUCUCAUGGGAGGUCACAUUCUCAUGUGGACGAUUUGCAUGAAUACCCUCACAAACAGCACAACAUGUACCGUGGUCUGGGCUGCUGUUGGAAUGCUGGUUUUCUGGGUCUUCAACGUUCCUAGGACUUUGAAGUGGACGAGCUGGAUGUCAGCAACUUCCUGUGUGUCCAUCGUGGUGGCUGUUCUGAUCACCGUCAUCGACGUUGCCAUUGAGAAGCCGAUUGGAAGUGGGUCGAUUGACGUCUUCAAGUCUCUCGGCUUUUCUCCCGCUUUUCUGGCCGUCACCAACAUUGCAGGUGCAUUCUCAAGCCAUUCGAUCUUUUUCAGCGUCAUCGCCGAAUUCAAGAAUCCCGACGACUGGCCAAAGGCACUUGCCUUCCUACAGAUCACGGAUACAACCCUCUACAUCAUUGCUGCCGUCAUCAUCUACGUUUACGUGGGUCCCGAUGUUCCCUCGCCGGCUUUGUCUGCAGCGGGUAGCGCGACUAUCAGGAAAGCGAUUUGGGGUGUUGCGAUUCCCACGAUUGCUAUUGCCGCCGUCAUUUAUGCCCAUGUCGCAUCUCAGUACGUGUUUACGCGUAUCUUUGGCAACACCAAGCAUGUAGUGAGAAGAACCCGAGUAUCGACAAUCUCUUGGCUUCUCAUUACCCUUGGUAUCUGGGGGAUUGGCAUGGUGAUUUCCGAAUCCAUCCCCGUCUUCAACAACUUGUUGGGGCUGGUCUCUGCUGCCUUUGCUAGCUGGUUCUCGUUUGGACUGCCGGGAAUUUUCUGGCUCUGGAUGCACAAGGGCGACUGGUUCUCAACCUGGCAACAGAAGUGCCGGUUUGCGGGGUCUUCGCUACUCUUGCUUGUGGGCAUUCUGCUUUGUGUACUUGGAUUAUGGGUCUCUAUUGAGUCCAUCGCGAAGGGUGGAUCUUCCGCGAAACCUUGGACAUGCGCUAGCAACGCUGCAGAGUGA